UUUAGCCAAUGCAAACUAAUCCUCACUGAACUCCUCUCUUCCAAUGGGUGAGAGCAUCUGAUGUCAGUAACACUAGGUCCGCAGGAAGAACUUAAAUAAGAAGAAACCUAUUAUCAAAGAGAGUGUUAGGAGAUAAUGGCUCUAAAGAGAUUUUGAUUGGGAUAGGACGAAGGAAAGAAGACUGUAUCAAUCGAUGGCAAUAAAAAUCAUCACUAAUACCAGAUCUAGAGUUAUAUCCACCAAAUGGCUUCUGUGUUAGAUCGGCAUUAAGUAGAGACAACAAUCUCCAGAACGGUUAUAUAAAGAACACGUGAUCAAAGUGAUUGGGACUAUUAACUUGUUAACGGUUUGGUCAUAUCAUCAGAUAUCGAUCGGAGAUCGACUCUCCAAUUGGAGGAUAUAUAGAUGCUUCCGAUUUUGUGAUGUAAACCUUUGCCCAUGUGUUACAGGGAUGAUUUUUGGAAUACUUUUCAAACGAAGGUCGUCAAAAUACCCCGGAUGUAACUCACGAUGGCUUUAAGGUACGACGGAAAUCCAGCUCAGCAACAGUCACUUAUGACUAAUUCACAGAUAUAUACGCUGACGGACUAUGAGGAUGAGCUGCUCAAAAUGACACUUCCGGUAAUGGACAAAUUGGACAAGUUCCUGAGCGAGGCGGAUAACGCCACCCUUAUCCUUCUCUUCAACGACUCCUCCCGGAAAAACCACAACGGACUUUUCCCAAACCAGGUGGAUUCUUCCUCCCACAUUUUCUUGCUGGUAUCCUUUGGGAUUCUUGUCGUGGCGUCUUUCAUGUCGAACAUUUUCGUUUGCUGUGUAAUAAUACGAAACAAGAAGAUGCACACUGUCACCAAUAUGUUCAUGUUGAAUAUGGCUGUGUCGGAUCUAAUUUUAGUUCUUUUAAAUGUGCCCUUGAAUCUUGCAAGACAUAUCAUGCAUGAGUGGACUUUAGGGGAUUCUCUAUGUAAUUUGCUCAACUAUUCUCUAAUGGCGUCCGUAUACGUGUAUUCCUUUACUUUGACCGCCAUUGCUUUAGACAGGCAUCGCGUUCUUCUUUACCCUCUCCAUCCAAGAAUCACAAAAAAGAAAUGCCUAAUUGUGAUGUUUUUCAUUUGGACUCUUUCGUUUACGCUCGCCAUUCCUUAUGGAGUUUUUACUGAAGUAAGACACGUCGACAUUUUUGUUGCGCAAAUACAACGAUGCAUAUCCAAUUACCCAGACCCCAGUGUAUUCUGGGAACAAUACGUCACUGUGUUCACCAUAACACUACAAUACGUACUUCCUCUCCUUAUCAUUGGUCUAGCGUAUUGUCGCGUGGUGCACAAACUCUGGCUUCGAACACACCUGGGCGUCGUCACGGAAGUUCAGAGAACCAUUCAAAUUAACGCCAAGAGACGGAGCAUUAAGCUGCUGAUAGCCGUGGUCGUUGUAUUUGCAAUUUGUUGGAUGCCACUGAAUUUGUACCACAUUUUGACGGAUUUCCAUCCCGAUACUACGGUGUUUCACUACAACAGCACCGUUUUCUUUAUCUGUCACUGGGUCGCCGUGAGUAGCACGUGUAUCAACUCGAUCCUGUACUGUUGGAUGAACCCAACCUUUCGAUCCCAGCUCAAACCCACAUGCUGCGGUAAGCCAGUUACCAGAAACCAAUUCGAACAAGAGUACUUUGACGUUUAUUUACAAAAUGUGACGUCACGACAAAAUGUUCGGUAUUGUACAGUGAACUCGUCUUCGUCAACAGAUGGACAGCGGACGGAUCGGCUGUUGACAAAGGACUUCUCUUAUAAGAUAUCGUUUAAGUCGAAGCUGAAAUACAACGAAACCUAUUUAUGACACCUUUGAUUCAUCAAGUGCGUUCAUAGUGUUGGAUUUUUGAGAUGCUUGUUUUAAUGAACUAAUUAUUGUAUCAAAUUUCUUCAUGGUUGAUGUAUAUCAAUGUGUUCAGGGAUUGAUGAUUAUUAAAACUUUAUAUAUUUGAUAAUAAAAUACGAUCGAAAACAUUCUUUUUUUUAGAAUGUUGCUAUCUUAAUCAACCAAAACCGUUGUAAAAUAAACCACCCGUUAGUAUAUGAUAGUUAUGUCUUUUUUUAGUGUUUGUUGUUUUAUUUUAUAUUUAUUUUUAAAUUAUAUUAUUUAUCUUUCAGCUGUUUGAUUCCCUUGUUAUAAAUUUUAUAAAUGUAUGUAUAUGAUAGACAAAGUGAAGAACAAAAAUAUAUUAUGUGUUAUUGUUAGAAAAAAAACUAAAUAAAACCAUA